GCCCAAGACCGCCCAGCAACGGCCCAAGAGGUGCCCAAGAAAGCUCCAGGACGGCGUCGGAGACCUCUGUAGCCAUGUUGAUUUGAGCUUUUAGCGGCGUGCCUCCUCUUGGCGCUCGCGCUGAGCCCCAGGCCAGCGCCGUCCAGCGCUAGUGCCAUGCCGCCCGACGGGGCCAGCCAGGUGCUGCUGAGCGUGGCGGCUUCGGCAGGCGAAGGGGGAGGCACAGCCGGCAGUUCGUCAGCCGCCGACGACGGCGAGCCCGCGCCGCCCUCCGAAGGAGGUGGCGUCGGAUGUGCGUGCUCCAGGCCUGGCCUGCUGACAUUCUUUGUUUUCUUGGCAGCCGCAGGCGCCCUGGUCGCUGCCGUCGGGUGGUUCAACAACGCCGCUGCUGCGGAUGCGCAGGCCGCUGCUGGCAGGUGGUUCAGCUAUGUUGCUAGUGUGGAAGCAAAGGCCGCCGUUGUCGGGUGGGUCAACCAUGUCGCUGGCAUGGUCGCGCAGGGGAGAGCAAUUGGCGUCAUUAAGCGGACCAGUUCUCGCACACCAGGCAACGUGACAGAGUUGAACGAGUCGAGUAACGUGACAGAGGUGGACAUGUCGAACAUGUCGACCUGCUCUGCGAUGGAUCAGAGCUGCCUCGAGUCCAGGUGCUGUAGCGACGAGGGGAUGCAGUGCUACGCCAAAGACGAUGCUUUUGCCAGGUGCAAGCCCUCGUGUGUUCCGGGGCCAGACAUGCAAGAUUUGGACGGGAAGCAUUGGAGCUGCCAGCAGAUCGGUCCUCGCACACCAGGCAUGAUCACAGAGGUUGACACGGCGGAGCUGCCGUUCCCGAGUUGGGCCAGGUGGGCGUGCUCCAGCAAGGGCGAAGAUUGCAGCGCCCGCGCGUGCUGCAAGGACCCAGGCCACCAGUGCUUCGGGAAGAGCGGCGGCGCUGGCCUCUGCAGGGUCGAGUGCGAGGAGGACUCGGCGUGCGAGGUGAGGGGUCCGCGGACGCCUGGGAGGCCCAGGCUGGGCUCGUUCUUGGUCAUCGGGGACUGGGGCUGGGACCCGCGCUAUUACGGCGAUCAGCACAACUACGAGUGCCAGGCUUCAAUUGCGCGGCUGAUGGACCGCACCAUGGGCGAGCUUGGGGACGUCAGGUUCGUCGUCAACGUGGGCGAUUCGUUCUACCCGGUAGGCGUGGUGAGCAAGAGCGACCCGCAGUGGGAGACGAAGUGGCGGAGUAUCUACAGCUUCCAGCUGCGUUCAGUCCCCUGGUACAGCGUGUACGGGAACCACGACCUCUUCGAAGCAUCAUGCGCGUGCAGCGAAGACGUGUCGCAAUGCGCCCAAGUAAAUUAUGAUGAGGACAAUCGGGAUUUCUUCGUGAUGCCAGGACCAAGCUACUACAAGGAGUUUCCCGAUCUGGGAAUCGAGAUCGUGGGCCUAGAUCUCAACCACUUCGCCCUCGGUGACCGAGCCAAGAGCGAAAGCGAACUUAAACUUGGCGUGACAGCUCAGUGCAUCUCGGCCGUCCGCAAUCGCACUCAGCAGGGGUUCGACCUCUUUUUUGAGCGAGCUGAGAAGUCAAACGCCACAUCCUUAGUUGUCUUCUCCCAUUAUCCGACAGACUACUUCUCCCUCGCCCCCAAGUUCCUCGCGGGACUCAGGGACAACUCCCGAUACGGCAUCACGUACUUCGGCGGCCACCGGCACAGCACGGACAACGACAGCACCACCUCCACCAGGCCGAACACGAACUGGGUCGUGGGCGGCGGCGGGGGUUGGGGCUGCGACUCCGACAAGCAGGGCUUCGUGGUCGGAGAGGUCCACGUCGACGGCUCUGUCUCGACCCGCGCCGUCUUGGUCCCUCCGGGGACGUGCUGCGCCGCUCAGCCGCUGGGCGAGCCGAGGCACGUCAGGUAGGGGGGCGCUCCUGGAUGCGGCAGCCUCGCGGAAUCAGCAGAAGCGUGGACCAGGUGGUGGCAGGGAGGCGGGGAGGGAGGCGGCUCGGGAGGGAGAGAAUAGGGUACAUCCCGCCUCCCCUCCUGUUCCUCGGUACGUUGUCUGGAUACACGCAUUAGGCGCAGCCUGUGCGGUUUUGCUUCGUCAGCUGAUGCGGUGGUGUGUGCUCGAAGGCCGCGUCGCCUGGCUUGUGACCGAAGCGAGGACACCUACUUCACGCGGUCGUUGGCAGCGCUGGACGCGAGACGCCUCUGUCCGAGCACUGCAACUCCUGCACUCCCUCCUCCUCAUUAUCCUCCAUUUUGCUUCCUCCUUCUCUGCCCUUCCUCACAUCCCUCCCUCCUCCCCCGUGCCUCCAACUUGCGGAAUUCGACGCCCUCCUUGGCGCGACUUUGAUGUUGGGACGGACGCUCUUGAACGCAAUGCAGAUGUACAUGCGGCUAACAUCAAUCAGCAUGGAUCCUCUGAGCGACACCUAUGACGUCACCGACGAAAUGCCAAGUGUCAGUUGUAAGGUGGAUGGUAGAGCUCACCAAAAUACACCUGAUGUGGAGCCCCAUCAAAUUGCGCUCUGCUCAUUGAAGUUUGGUAUCCUGGGGGCUGAUGCUCUAAGAGCUGCUUUCAUGGCAGAUCAAAUGACCUCGUGAACCAUCGGCUGUCACAUAAUCAUGUCCACAGUGUUUGAAGUUACGCGGCGUUAUCCUGCUGCGAUUCUUCUAUUCUCGAGCUGAGAUCCCUCAUACCAUAGAUUGAGGUUCUGCUUGGCUCGGAGUUGAUGUUCGCCAACCUUGGCUUUCGAAAACUGAUUCGAUAAUGUUCGUGUUGAUGGCUUGCCGGUGAUUAACACCAGCACGCUGCGGGAUCAGGGGAAUGAGCCAACUUAAAGUCCAUGGUUGUUGAGGUGUAGGGUAGGGCGUGCAUUGUGCCUCAAGGUGUGGAGCUUGGGGGGGG